CCUCCCUCCUCUACAUUCAUCCAUCAUACAAUCCACCUUGGAAGGUCUUAAUCUGUCAUACAACCCUCUUAGUCUCUCACACAAGAAACUAAAUGGAUCGGUCCAUGAAGGUCUUUGUGGUCGUCCUCCUGCUUCUUGCGGCCACAGAGUUCCAGGGAGCAGUGCAGGUAGCUUUGGCGAGGGAGUGUAGGUCAGACAGCAGAAAGUUUGUGGGGCUGUGCGUGAGCGACACCAACUGUGCAAGUGUGUGCCUGACCGAGCGUUUCCCCGAAGGCAAGUGCGACGGCAUUCGGAAGCGUUGUGUCUGCACCAUGAACUGCUAGAUGGCCCUGUUUUCUUCUUGCAUACAUGCUUCCGUGUAAUAAUGUAACUGAAUAAUACUAUCUGUGUGAUGUAUGGUGCA